GGUGCCAUAGACGCCGGCGGGGAGACAAGCGAUCACGACGUGGUGGCUGCCGAUGGACCCGAGGGUAUACGAAUUGCUGUCGCGCGGAUGAGUGGGCAAGGCUGGAUGGAUCUGGUCCAACAUGGCUGUUGCUGCUGCUGCCUCGAUGGCAAGAGCGCACACCCAGCCGAUGGUGUAGUCAUCGUGGGAGAGUUGCUGGGGAUUCUCUCUGUUGUCGAGCUUUCUCCGCUUCGGGGGAUUUUCCAAGAUAUGCGGUUGUUGAUGCUCCAUGCGAGGAGAUGUAGAACUAUGCUCUUUCAAAAGAUCAACUGAUCAGCUCAUGCGUCUAAGUGUCAGGGUGUUAGUAAAUUUCAU